AUGGUAGUAAAAGAUACCCCUUCUUCCCUAUCAGAUGGUUAUCAGCCUGUUUUUCCUGUGUCUAGGGUUAAGAGUAAAUGUGUUGCUGAAGUUUAUUUGGAGGAGGAUCAAAGCUGGAACUUAACGCUUCCAAGAAGAAUGAAUCAGGUGGUAAGGAAUGAAAUCGAUGAGCUUCAAAAUUGUCUCACAGAAGUGUUUCUGAACAAAGAAGCAGAUGAUGUAGUUGGGUGGAGUCUUGAGAAGAAAAGCCGGUUUACAGUUAAAUCUACUUAUGAUUCUCUUACUCAAGAUUAUGUGGAUCAAGAUUCAAGCUAUGUCUUCAAAUACAUUUGGGGUCAUAAAUUUCCUCCAAAGAUUUCUUUCUUUAUUUGGACUAUUGCUCAUAACAGUCUGUCAAUAAGAGACAUGUUAACUAAGAAAAGAAUGGAAGUCCCUCAAAAUUUUUUAUUCUGUUCUCAGGUAGAAAUAACGAACAAUCUCUAUCUGCAUUGUGAUUUUGCAGUGAAGAUCUGGGAUCACUUCAAGGAGAAAUCGCAGUGGCAGUUCACUAUGCCUGACAAUAUUAUCUCAAUGUUGUUUUCUUGGAAUAUCAAUAUAUCAGACAAGCAACAAUUCUACAUUUUAAGCAUGAUCUUUGUAGCCAUCUUAUCGUGCAUUUGGAAGGAGUGA